AUGCAGGACGACACGGAGCACCAGAUCGGCGUGGUGGAGACGCUGUUCUCCACCGCGCUGUGCGGAGUACUCUUCGCCGUGGUGGGUGGGCAGCCGCUGGUGGUCCUGGGCGUGACCGGCCCGAUCGUGAUCUUCACGCGCACCAUCUACUCCAUCGCCAAGGACCUCGACCUGGACUUCCUCCAGUUCUAUGCCUGGAUCGGACUGAUCAUCACCCACCGACACCACACCACAACAGGCAUUUGGUCGGCGCUGAUGCACUGGGCGUUGGCCUUGGCCAACACGUGUAGGCUGUUGAAGCUGGUGACGCUGCUGUCGUGCGAGACCUUUGGCGUACUGAUCGCCAUCAUCUACAUCAAGGACGCCGUGACCGGCUUUGUCGACUAUUUCAACGACUACCCGGCGGACGCGGCCUUUGCCUCGCUUCUUGUGGGCCUCGGCACCUUCUACGUCGCCAUGACGCUCGACGGGGUGAAGCAGUGGUCGCUCUUUGUGAAGCCGAUCAGGCAGAUCAUCGCGGACUACGCCAUGGCCAUCGCCAUCGUCAUCUUCGCGGGGCUCAGCUACGCGGGCAAGCUCGAGGAGUCUAACAUGCCGCGUCUCGACGUGCCUCACCAGUUCCAGACCACGACCGGCCGUGGAUGGCUCGUUCACUUCUGGGAGCUGUCCCCGAAGGGCGUCUUUGUGGCGCUAGGACCCGGCAUCAUCCUCACCAUCCUCUUCUUCUUCGAUCACAACGUCUCGUCGCUCCUCUCGCAGAAGCGCGAGUUCCACCUCAAGAAGCCGCCGGCCUACCACUGGGACUUCUUUGUCCUUGGCGUCACUGUGGUGAUGUGUUCGCUGCUGGGUCUGCCCUUUGCCAAUGGUCUGAUCCCACAGGCGCCGCUGCACGUCUACUCCCUGGCCACCAUCAAGGAGACCUACGAGGAGCGCAAGAAGGGCGAUGUCCUCAUCACCAAGCGAACGGAGGUGUGGACCAACGUCUACGAAAACAGAGUGUCGCCCCUAAUGCAAAGCGCGCUGAUCGGCAUAGUCCUGGCGCCCUACCUGCUCGAAACCGUUGGGCGAAUCCCCAGGGGUGUUCUGAUGGGCCUGUUCCUGUACAUGGGCUUCGCGUCGUUCCGCAACAACCAGUUCUUCGAUCGAAUCCUGCUGCUCGUGGCGGACCCCGUGAAGCGGGAGAAGGUGGUAAAGGAGCCCUACCUCUACUCGGUGCCGCUCAAGGUGAUCGUUGCCUUCACCCUCCUCCAGCUCCUCUUCCUCGGCGGCGUGGUGGGCAUCACCGUCAGCGACACGCCCGCGGCCAUCGCCUUCCCUGUCUUCAUCACGCUGGCCGUCCCCAUCCGCAAGUGGCUCCUCCCUCGCAUCCCGGGCUUCACUCACGAACGCCUCGACGCAAUGGACCCCUACGUUGUUGACGAGAAGGACCAGGCGCUGUUGGACGAACCGGACGACCUGGACGACGCCGAUGGCCAGGACAACGACCUCGAACUUGCCACGAUCGAAGACCGAACGAAUGGCGACGACGCCAGUUGCUCCGAUGUCGGUGGAGGCACCGCAGCCUCCGUUGCCGACCCCAUGGAAGAAGGAGAGGCCGCUGAGCUUAUCCAGCACCUCACUUCAACCUCCCCGGAAAGGGCCGAGAAGGAUGGUGGCUCAGAAGACGAGAAUGACGCCAAGGGUUCGGAAGAGGAGGAUGCCGACAGAUAA